AUGAAAAAAGCUUUAGAAGGCAUCAGCUCCCUGCCACUCCCCAAGCCCUCCGCCUCCCGUCCCGCCUCGCUCGCCCGGAUUCCGACAGAGGAGGCCCCCACGGGAAACCCUAAUCGGCAACGCGCUGGGGUCAUCCAUCAUGUUAGACUCAGCGGGGACAUUAGAGGAGGGAUGAACAACAAGGGGGCGGAGGCACAGAGCAUUUCCUCUAUCUGGACUCGACACGACUGCAGCGGGCGAGCGAGAGGACCCCAAAAGACCAAACGUGCCCACCCUCCCUGCGCCGCCCCGCCGCAAAAGGAGCCGUAA